CUCUCUCUCAUCUCAAUCGCACAAUCUCUCGUCUUCACAGAUUCGCCUCCUUCUCGAUCCCCUAACUGCAACCAUGAGCGACCAGGGUGAAAAGACUUGUCCUCUGUGUGCGGAGGAGAUGGAUUUGACUGAUCAGCAACUGAAGCCCUGCAAAUGUGGCUACGAGAUUUGUGUUUGGUGUUGGCAUCACAUAAUGGAUAUGGCUGAGAAGGAUGAUACUGAGGGGCGAUGUCCGGCAUGUCGUUCCGCUUAUGACAAAGAAAAGAUCGUAGGGAUGGCUGCAAGCUGUGAGAGAUUGGUGGCUGAAGUCAACUUGGAGAGAAAAAUGAAGUCUCAAAAGGCAAAAACGAAAUCAUCAGAAGGAAGGAAGCAGCUCAGCAGUGUGCGGGUGAUCCAACGGAACCUUGUUUACAUUGUUGGAUUGCCUCUUAAUCUUGCGGAUGAAGAUCUACUCCAGCACAGGGAAUAUUUUGGGCAAUAUGGGAAAGUGUUGAAAGUAUCUAUGUCUAGGACUGCAGCUGGAGUCAUCCAACAAUUUCCAAACAAUACUUGUAGUGUAUAUAUUACUUACUCAAAAGAAGAGGAGGCAAUUCGUUGUAUUCAGUCCGUACAUGGGUUUGUCUUGGAGGGUAGAUCAUUAAAGGCUUGCUUUGGCACCACAAAGUAUUGUCAUGCAUGGCUAAGAAAUGUGCCUUGCACCAAUCCUGACUGUCUCUAUUUGCAUGAGAUUGGUUCUCAAGAGGAUAGUUUCACAAAAGAUGAGAUUAUAUCAGCAUAUACAAGGAGUAGAGUCCAGCAAGUUACUGGUGCAACAAACAAUAUGCAACGAUGCACAGGAAAUGUGCUACCUCCACCAGUGGAUGACUAUUGCCCGACCAGUUCUGCCUCUACUGCAAGACCUAUUGCCAAAAAUGCUGCAAAUAAUACAGCAACUAGCAUCACUAAAGGUUCCCCUCCAAAUGGAAGUUCUGGUAGAUCUAUGGGUCUUCCUGCUGGCGCAUCAUGGGGAAUGCGUGCUUCAAACCAGCUUCCACUUGCAGGUUUAGCAUGUUCAAAUGGACCCUCCAAGCAAAAUUCUGAUUCAAUAAGUGGCACUCUGGCAUUUUCAUCAGCAGUUACAAACACACCACAGGUUUCUAUGUUGCAUAGUGAUACUAUACAUAUGAAGGGUAAACCUGAUUCAUUAAAACCUUUGAACCCAAAUGCUGGUUUAAAUUGUCAAACCACUGCAUUAGAGAAACCAGCUGCACCUGAUGCGGCUUCUGCUGCUAAACCUUUGAGCAGUAAAUUAUCUUUUCCUCCACAAUCCAACUAUAAUGACCAAGUUACUAGCGUGCCUUUGGGUGUUAUAAGCUCCUCAUUUGAUCCUUCAGUGCAAUCUUGUCUUUCUGCUGGUGAAAAAGAGGGUAAUAUUACAACAGAUGGGAGGAUACAGAACUUGUCCUCUGACAUAUCAUUGUUGAAAAUAGAUGGGAAUGCCUCAAAUAAACAUCCUGGCAUGAUUAGGCCAAGCAGUUCAGAUUCUGAUCACGGAUUAACCAAAACACCUGGUAAUCAAGGGUUAGAACAAUCUUACACUGAACACUAUCAAGAAUCAAUAAGUUCACCAGUAACUGGGAGAUCCAUGACAACAUUGAAUGGGGUUAGUGUUUCAAGAGACCAGCCUGAUUGGGGAACAGAUUCACGAACUCAAGCCGUGAUAAAUACAACUUCUGAAGUGGAGGAUGAUAUUUUGUCUUUUGAUAAUCAGAGACUCAACGAUCCGGAAGUUGUUAAUCGAUCUACUUAUUUGCCAAAUUCAGCAAGUCCAUUCCAUUCAACAAAUCAUUCUAGGUCUCAUUCCUUGCAAAAUAAUGAACCUUUUAAUUCAGUUAAUUUGAAUGUGGAUAACAUGUUUGUAGAUAAUAAACUGAGCGACAGUUCCCUUCUUCAUGGAUCUACUCUGUCCUCAAUAUCAAAUGGGUACCUUGACAAGCUCCUUAGCAGUACUAUCGAUUCUGAUGUUUCUGGAGAAGGUUCCUUUUUGCUUUCAAAUGAAUUGAAAGGUAGGCAGAUGGGAUGGUUAUUUGGUAAUGCAGACCGUAAUACUGCUGAGGAUACAGGAGAGAGCAGCAUAAUCUCAAAUAUAUUGUCACUCGAUUUUGAUACAUGGGAUGAGCCCCUAACAUCAUCCCAGAAUUUGGCUAAGUUGCUGGGUGACACAGAUGAGCCUACUUCACUCAAGUUAUCAAGUCCGUGGAAAGUUCAGAAUAACAGCCAGUCUAGAUUCUCUUUUGCAAGACAAGAGGAUUCUAAAUAUCAGUCAUUUGAUGUGGAGCCCUCAUUAAGUGUUUCUGGACAGAUGGCAAAAAGUCAUUCUUUCAGCCAAGAAUUUUCUGAAAACCGAGAUCUGUAUCUAGAUAAGCUAGGCGUUCGUCAUGGUUUAUCUUCAAAUAAUUUUGAGGAGUCUAACAGUUUUACUGGCAGUUCUUCAGUUUUCUCAUCUAAUAAGCUUCCUGCAAUAUCUAGAGCUCAAAUUUCUGCUCCACCUGGAUUCUCUGUCCCUAGCAGAGCACCACCCCCCGGCUUCUCUUCUCAGGAGAGGGUAGACCAGUCUUUUGACAGUACAACUGGAAAUCAUUUGCUGGACUCUUCCUCUCUUUUGAGAAAUUCAUAUCAGGCACCCCCAAGCGAUAACAUUGGUACUGCUGGGGAUAUUGUAUUCAAGGAUCCUGCAAUUUUGGCAGUUGGUAAAGGGAGACUUCAAGGAGGGCUUAACAACACAGGGUUAGACAUGAGAUCAAAUUUUCCAUCACAGUUAAACUCCUUUGAAAAUGAGGCAAGACGUCAACUAUGGAUGCAGAGAUCUCUCAAUACACAACAGAACCUGAGAUAUGCUGACUUUGGGGAUAGCUUUUCUUCCCUUAAUGACUCCUAUGGGAUUUCAUCUAGGCUAAUAGAUCAAGCACAGGUGAAUAAUGUGUCCCCAUUUGCACAGUUGUCUCUCCAACAUCCAAGGAAUUCUCAUAUGUCAAAUGGUCACUGGGAUGGCUGGAAUGAGGUUCAGGGAGGAAGCAAUAUGGGUAUAGCAGAGCUUCUCAGAAAUGAGAGGCUGGGAUUUAACAAGUUCUAUACUGGUUAUGAUGAUCCAAAAUUCAGGAUGCCUAGUUCAGGUGAUCUAUAUAACAGAACAUUUGGGAUGUGAAGUGGUGUUAAAAGGCUACUGUUUCACUGGAAAGGACUGCACUGAAGAGGCACAAGAGAUACUUGCAAUAUGUUUGCUUUGUUCACGAGACUAAGAUGGCUCAUGGUUGGUCUCGCUGAGUGGCCUUAUGAAGAUUAAGCUCUUGACAAAUGGGGCUGAAAAAUGGGAUCUCCAAACCAGCAGGUCAAGUAAAGCUCCUACCGUAUCUGUUUAUGUUUACCUCCCAAGUGCUGAAUGCGAUCCAACCCAGCAGAUUGAUCUUCCUGGUGCUGCUAUGUGCUCACAUUCUUGCUCUAACAACUAAUAGUUGAAAUUGGAACACAUUUUUUUACGCCCUUCUACCCCUUCCCUAUAUUGGAAAUAUCAUGCAUAUUUAUGCCCCUCCUCAUUUUUUUAGUCAGGGUAAGUUAAUUGCAAUAGUGCAAUAGUAAGAUGUAAAUGGCGGACUAGAAAAACCUUCGCCCAAUAUCAUGUCCCUAUUUGGUCUACCUCCCAACUUUUGCCGAAGUGCUGUCUGUUUAAACCCACUUGUAAAAAUACUGUUUGAGUAGACUUUUUAUAAAGGAAAAUGUGUUAU